UAGUACUUCAAAAUUUAAUACUAUGUGUGAUGAAAUUAAUGUCUCAAGAAUUAAAAAGAGCGAUUCUGAUUUUAUCGAAGAGUAUUGUACAGCUAUGGAGCCUUUAGCUAUUUCACUUGAUAUCCUUCAGGGUGAACAUAAUAUGUACUUUGGACAUUUAUUGCCCACUAUAACGGAACUAAUGUUAAAAUUUGAAAAACUUAAAAACAGUCACAUGUGUUAUUGUCAGCCUUUAAUAACUUCUCUUCACAGAGGAGUUAACAAAAGAUUUGGAGAACUUUUAAAUGAUGAAUUUCUCAUAAUUGCAGCGACAUCACAUCCAUUUUUUAAAUCGGCGUGGAUAGCUAAUCAAUACAAAAAAAUACUGCAGUCACUCUUUUGCGAGACGCUUUUAUGUUGGCUCAUGCAGGUGGAUGUUUAAAUAAUUCAAUCAGUGAAUAUGAUGUUGAUAGUGAAAGUGAUGACAAUGCCAAUACAUCAUUCUUUUCUUGGACACAAAAAAAACCAGAAAACAUUGCAGUUGAAGCAGAAUUGGAUGACUUCUUAAAGAGAAGUCCAACAAAAAAACUGGAAACACUAAAUUUAACUCCUACAUUAAAGAAAAUGUUUAUUAAGUAUAAUACUCCUCUGCCAUCCAGUGCUUCAGUUGAGCGAGUGUUUAGUGUUGGCGGAGCUGUUUUAUCAAAAAAAAAGGAAAAAUGAGU